AUGAUAGAAGCAUGUCUCGGCACACUAAUGAAACAUGCCUACAGAUACACUAGCUUAGUGAACGAUGCCGUGGGGCCGGGCAAGUCCUUGGAAAGCGGGAAGGAUGCCGUGCUCAUUCUUGGCGGAUCUUCAAGUACGUUUGGUGUGGAAUUGUGCAAGGCGUUGCUUCGUGAGGGAACAACGGUGGUCAACCUCGACACUGCGGACCUGGUCAAGUGGCGCGCGCCACAGCAGCGGCGCGCACGGGCCCGCACUCCCAGAGCGCGCAGCGCGGGCAAUGUUCCCAGGCGCGCAGCGGCUGGCCGCUACCACUUCAUACACUGCCGGAGCCUCACAAACAAGAACGACGUGCUUGCAAGCUUGCGCAUGGUGCUUUUGGGGCACUUCGGAAUCUCGAUCUUCAUCAACAACGUGAACGAGGGCCUCUUUGACUUCAUGCAGGGGUCGAUACACGCGCAGGCCGCGCAGGGUCCGUCAGACCUCAUGGACCGCUCGUUUCUACAGGGCAGCCAGGAGCUCUUCCAGCAACUGCUCAACUCGAACUUGAUCAACGUGAUGCUCUCGGUCAAGUUUUUCCUCAACCAGCUUGUGCCGCAGACCAUCGAGCUCGCGCAGCGUGAGCAUCUCACGCCAGGCUUCUACAUCGUCAAUGUCACAAACACGCUAUCGCUCCAUGCACCUGCGUUCACGGGCUACUACGCAACCAGCAAGGCCGGGCUCAACCAGUUCCACGAGAGCUUGACCUCGGAGCUUAGCCUCUAUGACAAGUGCCGCAUCAAGACAUUAUUGGCCUUUCUCCCGUUCCUCAGUACACACACCGCGGACGAAACCCAUUGGGCAGACUCUGCGCGCAUCUUGGUGCGCGCCUUGAAGCUCGGGCGCACGGGCGACGUGUCGCUAGCCUUCCCCGCCAGGCGGUUGAGCUGCGCACGCAUGCUCACGUUUUCAUAUCCCGUCCGGUUCUGGAGAGCAUACGAGCCCUGGUGGUGGGAGAAGCAGCUCGUGGCAUCCACUAACGGCUACCCGCGCCUAGUGCAGAGCACGUGGUUCGCGCCCAACGCCCGCCGCUGCAUACACCGGACACUGGUCACGUGGUUUGGCGCUACCAAGUCCUUCUUUGAUUGA